AAGAUUAUCAAUGUGAUAUUUAUCAAGACAAUUAUCAAAUCACAUUUUCAUCUUGUGUUGUACUGAUUAAUUUAAACUUACACAAACAAUGAGAAUAAUUUACAAAUACAACAUUUCUCGUUGUGUAGCAACAAUUUAAACUAUGAUGAAGCUAGGAUUUAUUAUUGGAAAAAUAUUUGGAAAUUAAUUUGUGUGGAUAAAGCAAUCAGUGUUUCAAAUCCAGCCAUGGUACACAUAGAAUAUGUUCUUAUUGUGGUGACUGUUAUUCGGAUAGCGUUUUCGGACAAAUGCGAGAAGUUAUCGUCUUGUAAAUGCGAAUGUCCCGAAGGAAUUAUUGACUUUUCAUCUCUUGGUAUGAGCGGCAAUGGACCAAGGUACAAAGACGUUUUAGCUCCGGAUGGAUACCAGUACUCGUACAACCCGUGUGAUCCUUUCUCCGAGACGAAGCCCUCCGUGUACGAAAACCACUGCCAGAACGUGGCGGCGUGUCAAAUUAUCUUCAUCAACGGUGUCUACCAGUUUUACGACACCGGUGUCCAAAAUUCGGUGACGUUUUCCACCGUUCCCGGUACCUCCCUGGGUAUCCAAGAUCAUCCCGGAAACGUUGUGGUGGCGAAAUACACGUCAGCGGAUGGUGCACGACAAACGGAGGUGGCACUUGUGUGCAACCCCCAAAACGAACAAACGGCUUUUGAUACACUUGGGGAGGUUGCCAGUGCAAAACCACUCUAUCGACACAUUCUGGUGUCUCCUUUUGCCUGUUUCGAAAGUGGGGCACUUAGUGCAGGGAGUAUUAUGCUCAUAAUAUUUUUCUCACUGCUCCUAGCCUAUUUCCUGUUCGGAGUGACUUUCAAUAGAUUCGGAAGAAACCAAACCGGAAGUGACGUAAUUCCACAAAAGGCAUUCUGGAUAUCAUUACCGACGUUAGUAAAGGACGGAAGCCUAUUUGUAGUGACAAGAGGACAACACAAACCAUACGCCGCUGUUUAAAUUUUUGACUUUUAAGGACUCAUACAUAGACGCCAAAAAUUACUUACAACAUGACCUUGUGUGUUUAUUUAUUUAUUGUUACUUUGCUCCUAUAUUUCUACUUUGUUUGCUCCUACACUUCUACUUUAAUUGCUUUUCCAUGUCUUCUUUAUUUGCUUAUGUAUUUUCUUCUGUAUUUUAUGCGCUUGUUUUUGCUUCUGUAUUUCUACUCAUGUGCUUCUGUAUGUAUUUGCUUCUUUUGAUCAUACACGAUAUAGUACGGAAAUUCUAAUUAAAUAUACAUUUUUUAACAUAUAUUUUUUUAUAGAUGUUAAAAUUAUAACAUUUUCAAAUCUUCUUUAACUGUACAUUGGUUUGAAAUGUAUAUGCUGGAAACCAAAUGUAUAUGCUGGAAACCAAAUGUAGAUGCUGGAAACCAAAUGUAUAUGCCGGAAACCAAAUUUGCUCCAUAAAGACAUAAAAGUU